UGGACAACACGAAGUUUUGAAGGUGCGUCUUUGAAUUGUGGGCUGCUCUUAAAGUGAUGAUUCGUCGGACGUCACUUAUUACAAACAAUCUGUGGAAAGUUCAUUCAAAGUUACUCCCGUCUGCGUGCGGUAAAGAUAACGCUGACUAUUCUACUAAUCCCGACUAUGCAAACAGAACGGAACCAUUUGAGGUUUUUAAGUCGCGUUUUGUCAAUGCAUUCAAUGAUCCGAAACUUGAUGGUUGGUGGGCCAGAACAUGGAUGCAAAGGCUUCAUCUUGAAGAUGCAGUUCCUCCCCCAGAAGUCGUAAUAAGUGGUCUCAAGGCGUGCAGACGCCUUAAUGAUAUUGCUCUUGCUAUCCGUUUUAUGGAGUCUGUUAAGUUUAAAUGUAAAGCCUGCAAGGGCACAUGGGAGUGGCUUCAUAAAGAGAUCCAGCCGACUAUGAAAGAACUUGGUUUGCCAACUUUGGAAGAACUUGGGUAUGACAAGCCGGAGUUAGCAGUAAUAGACCAUGAUGACAUUUUUUAAUUUGGUUGGAAAUAUAUAGACCUGUUAUUAUUUACUAGAAGCCCUGCUAACUUGUACCAUCUGGAGUUGAUGUUCUUCGUAGCUAAAUGUAGGAUUUAGAAACCUGCACAGUUCCCACUCCAGCUCAAGGCACUCAUGAGACUGUAGUCGUAUUUAUUUAUGUUUAGUUCAGAUAAAAAUAAUUAUGAAGCAAAUUAGCUUCAGCUAAGCAAAUAUACGUGCGAAUGUG